AUGCGUUCAGAUCUUAGAAAUCAUAUUUGGACCAAAAUCGGUAAUGGCAAGAGUACUUCAGCUUGGUACGACUAUUGGUGUGAUAGUGGUCCGCUAUGUAAUUUCUUAACAUCUAGAGUUAUUACAAGGGCAGGUUUUAAUCUUGAGGAUACGGUGGAAGAUAUUUACGGUGAUGGCUCGUGGAACUGGCUGGUGGCGUGGAGGGAUUUAUACCCGGUUCUCAACCAAGUAGAUCUCGUGCAAUGUAAUCUGGAUGUUACUGACCGAGUAUUUUGGAAGGAAGGUAAUGAUUUAAGUGACUUAUCUUCUUCUAGUGUUUGGAAGUCGGUCCGAACUAGGGAGGUUGAUGUGGAUUGGUUUACGAUAGUUUGGUUCUCUCAAUGUAUUCCGAGGCAUGCUUUCCUAAUGUGGCUUAUCAUGCAGGGUAAGCUCUUGGCUCCGGAUAAAAUUUCACAAUGGGAUUUUGCGAGAAGGAAAAACAUGAAUAUGAUUUGUUGUUUACUGUAUUAUGCGGAUGUUGAUUCUCAUGCUCAUCUCUUCUUUGAAUGUAACUUUUCGGCCCAAGUAUGGAACUCGGUUAGAAGUAAAGCGGGUAUGGCAUAUGUGGACUCGAAGUGGAGUAGCAUAGUAGAUUUGUUAUGUGCUCGGGCUAGAUCGAAGUCGGCCAUUAAUUAUGUGAGUAGAGUUAUUGUUGCUGCAACGACUUAUAUGAUUUGGCAGGAACGGAAUGCUAGGUUGUUCAAGAAUCAUUCGAGACCGCCAGACACUUUAUGUGAUAUAAUUCUAAGCAUGGUUCGCUAUAAGUUGAUGGGUAUGAAGUUUAAGGACACGGAUAAAGUGAGGAGGUUGCUUGUGGAUUGGGGGAUUCAUGGAGAUAGCGUGAUUGAUAAUGGCGGCUGA